GGGGGGGGGCGGCCUCCCGGGCCGUGCUGCCGCCGCCGCGGGAGACCUGGCGCCGCCGGAAACUUUCCCCGGCGCUGUGCGCCGGUUCCCUCUCCGUGCUGCUGGCCCUGGCGGUGCGGCUGGUGCGGGGGGAGCGCGGCCGGGAGCUGGCGGCGGAGGGCGGCGCGGGGCCGCGGGGUUGGGGCUGGCUGCCCCCCGGCGCCGUGCCCCUGGGCCUGGCCGGAGCCUUCUUCGGUGCGGGCCGGUACCUGCGGCGCGGCGGCGUGCGGCCGCGGGCGGCGGCGCUGCUGCUGGCCGCCUGCUGCGGGGGGGAAGCGGUGGCGCAGACGGCGCUGGCGGCGGGGGAGGAUCACUUGCUCUCCCUCGCCGCCACGGGGGUGGUGCUGAGCUGCCUGGCCGCCGUGACAUGGCUGGUGCUGAAGCUGAGGCAGGGCGUCCUCAUGCUCGCCGUGACUAGCGCGGCCAGGACCACGUCCCUCGUCGCCUUGGAGAGGGUCCCGGCGUCCUGGCGGCCCUACCUGGCCUACCUGCUGGGGCUGCUGGGCAUCCUCCUGGCCGGCUACGCUGACCGGCUCUGGCCCCUGCGGCGGGCCGCCCCGCUGGCGGAGCCUCCCGCCGCCCCCCCGGCCGCGGACGAAGCCCCGGUGCUCAGGCGGCGGCGGCGGUCCAGCUCCAUGAUCUCCCCCGAGAUGUCGGGCGGCGGCGGCUGCGGCAGCAAGACCCACCGGCGGACCUCGCUGCCCUGCAUCCCCCGGGAGCAGCUUGUGGGACAUACUGAAUGGGAUCACAAACGAGGACCCAGAGGCUCACAGUCUUCUGGUACCAGUAUCACAGUGGAUAUUGCUGUCAUGGGAGAAGCACACGGGCUCAUCACAGACCUUCUGGCAGAUCCUUCGCUGCCCCCCAACGUGUGUACUUCACUGAGAACAGUGAGCAACCUGCUUAAUACGCAGUUAACCUUCCAAGCCAUCCACAAGCCAAGGGUGAACCCUCUGGUGUCCUUCAGUGAGAACUACACCUGCUCCGACUCAGAGGAAUGUCCAGAGAAAGGAGAGAAACUAGCUAUUCCCAAGCGCUUACGGAGAAGUUUGCCUCCAGGACUGCUGAGACGAGUGUCCUCAACUUGGACCACAACAACAUCAGCCACAGGAUUACCUACACUGGAGCCAGCUCCAGUGAGAAGGGAUCGCAGUGCCAGCAUCAAACCUCAUGAAUCAUCUUCGUCCAGCACUGACUCCUGGAACAGCUCAAUUCUGAUGACAAUCACGAAGAGCAGGUCCUUCUCGACCUCCUAUGCCAUGUCUUCUACCAACCACCUGAAUGCCAAAAGGCAGAGCCGGCAAGGUAUCCCGCCAAAUAUUUCACCUCUCACCUCCCCAUGCCAUUCACCGAUUCAGGGGACACCUGCCACAAGUCCUACUGGAAAAACAUCUUCUGUGUCAUUUCCAGACUCUACAGAUAUUGACAGCAAGCAAGGCUUAAAGCCACACAAAGUCUUAACUUCUACUCAGAGUGCACCUGCUCUGUCAGACUCUAUUAUCAGCCCUUCUGUCAUCUGCAGCAGCUGUGGCAGACCCUAUAACCAAAUAGAAGCUGGUGAUGGGACACUAGAUAGAAACGAUGGUAACACACACACCCUGAACAGAGCAGAUGAUCCUGCGCAAGCCACUUCUGACUAUGAGACCAACAACAGCGAUAGCAGCGAUAUUGUACAAAAUGAUGAUGAAACAGAUUGCUCCAAAGAGCAGAAGAGGAAGGGAUCCGUCUGUAGGACGUACACGCCUGAGACCAUCAUUCUGCAUCCCUUGAUACCACCUGAGGACAAACCUGUACUGGCUCCUGAGCCUCUGGUUAUGGACAACUUGGAUCCCCUGAUGGAACAGCUAAAUAGUUGGAACUUCCCAAUCUUUGAUUUGGUGGAAAAAAUUGGAAAGAAAUGUGGUCGAAUUCUGAGUCAGGUAUCAUACAGGCUUUUUGAAGACAUGGGGCUGUUUGAAACCUUUAAAAUACCAGUGAGGGAAUUUAUGAACUACUUUCAUGCCUUGGAAUGUGGAUAUCGAGAGAUACCUUAUCACAACCGAAUUCAUGCAACUGAUGUUCUACAUGCUGUUUGGUACCUUACUACUCAGCCCAUCCCAGGACUCCCAACUGUGAUUAAUGAUCACGGGUCAGCAAGUGAUUCAGAUUCUGACAGUGGAAUCACUCACGGCCAUAUGGGUUAUGUGUUUUCGAAGACAUACACACCUACAGAUGACAGCUACGGAUGCCUAGCUGGCAACAUCCCCGCUCUUGAAUUGAUGGCUCUUUACGUAGCUGCAGCCAUGCAUGAUUAUGAUCAUCCAGGAAGGACCAAUGCCUUUUUGGUAGCAACGAGUGCUCCUCAGGCGGUGCUGUACAACGACCGCUCUGUCCUGGAGAACCAUCACGCUGCUGCUGCCUGGAACCUUUUCAUGUCAAGGCCAGAGUAUAAUUUCCUGGUCAACCUUGACCACGUGGAGUUCAAGCAUUUCCGCUUCCUCGUCAUUGAGGCAAUUUUGGCUACUGACCUGAAGAAACACUUUGAUUUUGUUGCCAAAUUCAAUGCCAAGGUGAAUGAUGAUGUUGGAAUUGACUGGACUAACGAGAACGACCGCUUGCUGGUUUGCCAAAUGUGCAUCAAACUGGCUGACAUAAAUGGGCCUGCAAAAUGCAAAGACUUGCAUCUGCAGUGGACAGAAGGCAUUGUCAAUGAGUUUUAUGAACAGGGUGACGAAGAGGCUAGCCUGGGCUUGCCAAUCAGUCCUUUCAUGGAUCGCUCUGCUCCUCAGCUGGCACACCUCCAGGAGUCUUUCAUCACUCACAUCGUGGGACCACUAUGUAACUCCUAUGACUCAGCGGGGCUGAUGCCAGGAAAAUGGAUAGAAGAUAGUGAUGAAUCAGGAGACACUGAUGAGCAGGAAGAGGAAGAAACAGCAGAAAUGGAAACUUGUGAAAAUUCUGAAUCCAGAAAGAAGAAGUUCAAGAGGAGGAAAAUCUACUGUCAGAUCACUCAGCACCUGCUUCAGAACCAUAAAAUGUGGAAGAAAGUAAUUGAGGAUGAGGAGAGGUUAGCUGGGACAGAGAAGCAAGGCACGGAGCAAUCCACGCUGCACCAAUCUUCAGAACAAAUCCAGGCCAUCAGGGAAGAGGAGGAGGAGAAAGGGAAGACCAAGAGGGAUGAAGAGGAAAACACAACUGUAGAACCAAACCAAUGACAAUAUUUACAGCAGUAUUCUAAGACGGAUUGACUAGUGCACAGACUCUUUCUCAAGCCAGCACAGCAUUUAGACACAACACUGUAGAAGUAUGGGAUAAUGCGCCUACAGAUGUUUAAUUUGUUUCUCUUUCCUUUUUAUGGUGAGGUACAUUGUUUAAACUCCUAUGCUCAAGGAAGCUUUCACACUGCAACACCGGCUUUUACAGACUUUCUUUAAAGAGAUUUGGGAGUGGGUGGAAUUAUAUAAAUAUAUAUAUAUAUAGCCAGGGUUAUUGGCUGCGCACUUCAGCAAAAUACAUUUAAUGAUAUAUUAUGGUCACUGUGAUAUUUACAAAAGUUAUCUAAGGAAAUGCUGCUUCUAAAGCACAUUUGCAGUUAACAGUAAGGUACCAGUUAAGUAGCUUUUGCUCUUAAUGCUGAGGGAUAAACGUUCCAAAGCUUUAUAUGAAUGCUGAUAUAUCCUGCCAACAUAUAUGUGUGCGUGAGGGGGUGUUUGCAAGUGUGAGUGGAUGUAAUAUAAUAUAGCAUAGUUUGAGUUCUUAUUACACUAGCUGUAGCACAUGUCCCAAUACACAGCCACAAUCAGGCCUGAACUCUAGAGAAUUUGUGCCCACAAGGGAACUGGAGACCAUUUUGAGGAGCUUUGCGUUCCCCAUAGCCCUCCAAGUCCCAGUUUGCGUUCCAGCUGCAGGCAGCAGCCUUUCAGCAGGGGCCAUGGUGGCCCAGGCUGCUGGCCUGGCUCCAUCCAGCUGUGCGGGCUCUUCCACCUCCUCCUCUUCCUCUUUCUCCUCCUCCUCUUCCUCCUCCUCUUUCUCCUCCUCCUCCUCCUCCUCCUCUUUCUCCUCCUCCUCCUCCUCCUCCUCUUCCUCCUCCUCCUCCUUCUCAGCACUCCCCAGACUGCCAGCGAAAGGGAUGUGCCAGGCAAUUUAUUUGCCAAAGGGGGUUUCUAGGGACUGUGUGGCACACUGGUCUGUUCCCUGGGAGAGGCCCUGGCCCUCUGUAUAAUUCUGAGUGCAUGAAUGGCUACGUGGGGCAGCGUGUGUGUUUGGGCAGGAGAGAGCAGAGAGCAAAUGUGUGCACGUACUCAGCAACUAGAGGCACGCUGUCAUCUUCCUACCCUAACCUUAUGCCUUCGUGCAUCAGUGGCCAAAUAUAUCAUUUAAGAACGAAGCUAAACUAUUUCUCUUGAGAUCAAAGGAAGGGGAGUGUGGGGGGCAUGGCCUUCCUCAGAAUAAAAGGCAAAUGAUGCAUUAGGAGCAGUGUGGGGGACAGGUGCCAGUCCUGCGUCGGCCAGACACUCAUAUGUCUCAGCCACCACUCACAUGAGCUUCAGAGAACUUGGGUUUUCUGUGUGAGGUGCUGGAUGGGAGCAGUUUGUUGCUGGCGUUCUGCUUAGAAGCAGUGUGUUGGAUCCCACCAAUAUACUUUUUUUUCUUCCUUUUUUUUUUUAAGAGAAAGGGAAAGAUCAGGCCUGUAAGAAGAGCGGAUCUUUUUUUUUUUUUUUGGUUCUGUUUAUUUGUUUUCUCUGUUGUUUAUGCUGUGAGCCAAAUGUCUAUUUAAAAGGUUGGAUAUUCACUUUCAAUAUUUUAUUUCACAAUAUUAUAUUUGUCAAUGAUUAGCUAUCUAGAUGUAAAUAUGGAAAAAAUUUUAUGGGUUCCUGUAGAUAAUGAAAUCUUUAAAAAAAAAAAAAAAGAAAAGAAAAAAAGAGGAAAGUUUUUUUGUAAAGGUAAUUUUUUAAAAAAUAAAUACAAAAACAUUUUUAUAUAGUGUAGCCAUUUCCAAACCCAACAAAUAAAGUCUUGAGUAAUUUGUAUAGACCCUUCUGGGAAGCCAGUGGUCUACAGGAUCAAGGCUUUAAAAUAUUAAUGCUCUUUGGGACUGGCAGCACCAACCAGUACCACACAAUUUACAGUUUUGUUCCUACAAAAAGAAUUACAUAUAUCAAGUUCAGUAUCUCUCAAAAAUAAUUUGACAAUGUAUGCUUUUUAUGUUUUGAUCCUGCAGCCCCUUGCCAAGAAGAGGAUUGCUUCUGUGCAUAAAAAUGCUUGUGAAAGGAAGAUUUUGUAGAAGUCCUUUCUAUAUUAAAUUUCUGACAUUGCAUCAUUCACUUUUUGCUAUUGUUACACAUUCACCAUAUUUCAUCAUCCUAUUGAUUCUUCCCCAAAAAUGUUGGAAAAUAUUGUCUAUCAAAGCCAAUCAGCAUGUGUGUUAUCACUUCAGAGUUUCUUUUUGCAUUGUAUUUGCAUUAGAGUGAGCUUUUGCUGAAAAACAGGAUUUUGGUUUCUUACAGGUUGCCCAUCCUACUCUUGCCAGUAGAGAAGGCAUUUGCCUUUCAACAGAGUGACUCUAGAGCAUGGCUCUGAAUGCUCUUAUCAUCAGAAAUAUUUAGUGUUUUUCAAUGAAAUCAGAAAAACGAAGAUCCAGAUUGCACUAUUACUUUAAAGUGAAAGGAUAUAGCAGAAUUAAUUAAAAAAAAAAAAAAUUGUCUCCAAGAUCUCAGCAAGUCUCCACCAAUUCCAGCUUGCACUGUUUUCACAACCCUUCAGGCACUUUGUUUAAUCAUUUUAUUUGGGGUUUUCUUGUACAAGUGGUAUGCAUAACUAACAGUAUGAGAAGAAUUUAAUAUGCCUCAUUCUGUCCUUUAAAAAUUAAACUUACAGAGAUGCUCUAAAAUGUCACAUCUCCAAGCACUUUUUUCUCCAUUUUUAGUGCAUAAUCACUGGGACUGGAUUUUUUAUCUUGAUUUUUAUAUUGUCUUUACUAGAAGAAAAGAAGAAGUUAUUGCAGAAAAUGUUAGUGGAUUCCCAGUUGCUAAAAUUACAAAGAGUCAUUCAAGAAUGAGGUGAAAUCCUGCAAGUGGAGUUCCACAUAUUCCUCUAAGCAGGCAUACACAGGGUUGACCUAAGAAAAAUUAUGCUAAAAAUGUACUGAAAUGGGAUUAUUAUAUUCUUCCUAGUCAUCAUUUUUGUUUGCCAUUAGAUAAAAUCAAGGUCAGCUUCUGAUUUGUUAAUAUUUCUUUCUGUAUCACCAAUGCAGCUGUCACAGUUCGUUACUACAUUGCUGCACAAGUCUGUGGGCACAGGUUGAUUAACUCAGGUCUUUUACACAGUGAAGGAAUUGCUGACAGGCUUAAAAUCAGAAUGACCAUUGAUUUUAUCCAAACUGGAAGGAAUACCAGUGAAGAUGCUAAAGUAGCUGGGAGUGGUUAAUUUGGCAAGAGGUUACUUAAUUUGCACUCCAAAUAGUUACUAAUAGAAUCCAAUUUCUGCAGGUGUCCACUCCUUAUGAAUCUGAUUUUCAGUAUUUGCAGUGCAUUUCUGGCAAGCAAUGAUCAGGAAAUUUCCCAAGUUGGCUUAAAUAUAACACAAAAGAAAAUACCAGAGAUUUUAUAACAAACGUGAAUUUUCGCUGUGGGGUUUUUUAGUAAAUAAUGAAGUAGAUAAUUUUUAGGGGUGUUUAUAAUAGUUUCUAGUCCAAAGGAGGCAAGACAUUUGAAUUUGAUGGUUUUCUGCUUUGUACAGUCCUUUGGUAUUUCAAACUCCAAAUAAACCACAGUGUGUGCCAUAUUUUUGGGAAAAAAAAGUAAAGAAAAAUAAUAGUAUUCAGUCAGCAGAGUGCUCAGAUUUCAGGUGGGAUGUUUACAGUGUUGAUAUGGGUUUCUGAUAUAUACAGUAUGCAAAUAGGUUUGUUGGAUACUAGAGAAAGCAAGCCCCAUUUAAACAGUGUUUUGCAGUAACAAAAUAAUUUACCUAUUUUAGUUUUCAGUUAUUUAGAAGCAGGAAAAGAAAGAUUGGACUAUUUUUUUCUGAUUGGAUAUCUUGUUUUCUCCAGUGUAAUGUCAUUUGGUGACUGAUCCUGUUCCAUUGUAGUCUAGAAGAAAUUUACUUUUCUCUUAAAUAGAGGGCUUUUUACAGUGCUUGCAGCUCCCAGUGCAACGAGAAAAGCACUCUGCCCGUCACGUAGCAAUCACAUAUAAACACUUUUGUCCCCAUAUUCCCAGUUUGCUUGAUAGUCAUAUGCUGUUUACCGUAGAAUAUGUCUUCUCUCAUUAUGUUUGUGUUGCAGAAGGAACAUGUGGAAGUAGAGAGUGUGAAAGCCCCAAACUGUUUACUUUAUUACCUUUUCUUUUAGGAGGAGUCUGAGAAUUUAGUUUCCAAUAACCCAAAAUGCCUGUGUCUAGAAGUGAUUAUUUCUACCAUGCUCAAAGGGCCACAGGUUACUAUGCAUGCUCUAGUUCUUGAGGGAACCUGGAGUUUCUUGAUUUGUUUUGGGCUGAUGUACAGAGCAUGUUGACUGUUGACACUCAUCUCUGAAAAUCAUCUGCCUCCUCCAGUAGGAAGGUGGUGUUUGAUGAGAUGUUGCAAGCCAUGCAUCAGAAGUAAGUUGCAAGAAUCUAAUAGGAAAAAGGGAUUCUACAGUGCUCUUGACAGCAUUUUGAACUCCCCUCCUCUGUGAGUGAAACCCUACAGAAAGCUGGGGCAGUGGCUGUGUGUCACCAACAUCUUUCGCCCAUGACCUUGUGCAGGGUACUGGCUGUCACAGCAAAUGAUGGUCACAUUCUGGCAGGAAAUGGUUCCCAGGACAGAUGUAAUUUGAGAAUGCAUUUGUUAACAAUGCAAGGAUAGUUUUUCAUCAGUUUUUAUUCUGAUGACAUGUGUAAACAUCUCUCUGCAUCAUCAUCAUUAAGUUAUAAUCGAAGAUUGCGGUUGCUCAGGACCUUUUGAGUCGAUGCAUUUGGGGCUUUUACCCUUAGUGUACUACUUUUAGAAGUUCUUAAGAUCCUGAUGGUCUGAAGCUGGAAGGAAGUUAAGUCUAUAAAGGUUCAGAUGGAUGCUUCUAAAAGUACCAUUUGGCAUCUAAGCAAAUUUUGUACCCAACUCCCUUUUUAUGCUUCCCAUGCUGGACAUUAAGUUCAUUUGCUUUCUUUAAAAAGUUCUCCUAAAUUUCUGUCUGUUUUUUAGAUACAAAACUUUUUCUGAAAUGCUGGCCCGUCUUUCUUCCUCCAUAAAUGCCCCAGAAAGUAAGAGUGCACUGUGAAGAAGCCAACAAUCUUGCCAAACUGAGCAUCCAUCGGCGGUACAGCCCAUGAGGAAUGCCCAGCCUGUGUCCCACUCUGGGCACGUUUGUACCCAGGGCCGUGCCCACUGUGAGAUGAGUAGGUGUGGGGUAGUGGUCAGUUUGGGUACUCGGUAGCCUGAGCCCCACCAGCUUUUAGUGGGUCCUGGGAUCUUGGAGAAUUUUGUCAGUUUUCAAAAUGCACCUUAGGCACUUAGGAAGAUUUUGCCAAAAGUAUAAUGCAGCAGAAAGUUUGUGGUUGGUCCCAGGUGUUAAUGAAGUGCUUGUGCAGUUUCAUUAAUUAUCUGACACAUCCUGCUUGGUCUGCGUGGUGUGAUCCUGUGCUGGUGAUGGUGAGGGCUUUGCUGCUGUUGAAGAUGGUUGCAUGUUUGAGUCCACCCUCUCACUGACUUUCCAUAGGGUCAACCAGAUGUGCCAGUCAGUGUGAGCCCAGCAAACCCAGCUGUGCCCAGGGCUGCAAUCCAGAGAAAGCGCAAGGUGCUUGACCAGCAAAUACCCCAAGGAGAUGCAUCAGUUGAUUCAGGUGUGAGAGAGGCAAUGGAGAUGUGCUGUGGUUCAUUCUAGAGCUGAGCCAUCUGAUAGACAUAGUCUUCAGUAGGUUAGGAGGGCAGCAGUGAUAGUCUGUGGCUUUUCUUUCUCUGAAAGAAGAGUCUUUUGGCUGUUGGAAACCCUGUAAUUCAUAAAAACAUUUAGUAUUUGCUGUUACUUUUACAAGUACUGUUGUGGCUGAGAUGUUCCAGCAUUACGUGUUUAAGGAAGAAAGGUUUCAAAUUAUGGAUAAGUAUGAGAAUUUCCUGAGCAUCCCAUGACCUCAUGGGCAGAAAAUUAGAUCAGGGCACGUGACCAGAGCAGAGAACCUGCCUCUCCCAGGUGUUCUGCAGGCACCGCAGCUGGGACACAGCCCCGGAGGGUUGCUUGCACUUUACUGUCUUGGGCCUGGACUUUGGCCUGAGAACUUGGGUAUUCCUCAGCUGGCAGCACAGCACUGGUGUAAUUAGUCCUCAAGUUGAUGGGGUUGUGGACAUACAGGGAGAAAGUCAAACUGGCAAUUCGUAGGAAAGAGAAAAGGAAACUCUAGUCCAGUAUGAAACAGACAUUAUGCAACACGCUUAAUUUUCCUUUUCUCUCAAAAUCAAAUGUAAUCCCACUGGAAUGAAGUAGCCAUGGAGUUUCUGGGGUUUUAAUUACUGUUUGAUGUUUCAGCAUUGGUCAAAAUGGUGGCAGAAUUAAAGAGAAGGUAAUCAUUUGCAUUAACUAAGCUGAGGGAAUCUUUUUUUUUUUUUUUUUAAUUCAUAUUUUUAGGUGAAUCAACAAAUAAAGAGUGUCCAGGCCUCCUGCAGAAAAUGCAUGUUAAGUGUUUUUGAACAAAUGGGUGAGUAAUUGAAAUUAAGUGGCAGCUGUCUUAAGGAAUCAUUGGAAGAGCUGACAAAAAAUACUGAUUACCAGAAGCAAACUUUGAAUUAGAGCAAAAUAGCACCGGUACUUCUGAGAGCAACUUAGUAUGAUAAAUCUUUCUUUGAAUUUCAUCACUUUCAUUUAGCAAAACAACAUUCCUCUGGAGGUAAAUCAAAGAAGGGUUUUAGCCCCUGCUGUGGUGGUUAUUGAAUCCCAGUGUUGGAGGGAGCAGUGCGAGAGUUAUCCUGCAUUUACAUCCUAAUUAUGAUUUAUUCAGAGGCCAUUAGUGGGAUUUUCCUGGCAGGCAGGUGUUCUCUUGAUGAAAAAUACAUCAUGCCUCCUCAGUAGAAUGCAGACAUCGCCUGCGUGGGCACCCGCCUGAAUCCUUAGGACGAUACAAGCUCCUCAGGAGCCUGCAGGCAGAAUAGUGUGGGUGUAAUUUCUGGAGAGUCCAUUUUCACAAUGACAAAAGGGGGCAAAAGCUCAAGCUAGUUAACAAUACUUCUUUGAUAAAACUGAAACAAUAAGCAUUGUGCAGUUUGAAAGCUUGACAAUGUCACUUGAUGUGUAUGCAAGUUUCCCCAACUGCUUGAAUAUGCUAAACUAUUCUUUCUGGAAGGUGAUGAGUUCGGGUAAAACCAACAGGCCUUGGCCAUGGUCUGUCAAGCUGAGGGAUAUAGUAAACCAUGAAGAAAUUUUGACUGAAGUAGUUUAAUUCUCCCUCAUUAAAGAAAACUUUGCUUGGUGCUAGAGGAGAAAAAAAAAAAAAAAAUUCAGUUGAGCUUUUCAGACAGCUAGUGCAUGCCAGUUGUUUCUUACUUCCAAAGUUGUGCUUGCAGUAUGUCUGAGGUGUGGAAAUGGAACAACAGAUGAGACUUGUUCUGCUGUGGGUGGCAUGUGGGAUCUGUGUGCACCAAGGAGCACCACUGAAAUCCGCAGGCGUGGAAAGUGGUGUAUCCCAGCAGUGGAUGAGAUGGGGAAGCCCAAAUAUUUCUGUUUCUGUCUGUGUGGAAGCAUAAAAGCAGAUGUAAAGGACUUUGCCUCAGCUGCGGACCAUGUAUCAUUUUAUGAUUGAAUUCUUUUGUCCUGAUUCAAAAACCAUUGAAAUCAGAUCAAACAAGCAAAACACAGUGUGUGCUGUGGUCCUGGUGAGACAGACGUGUGUUAAAUUGCUUUUCCUCAGGCUCGCUGAGGGAGCUGCACUUGCACCCUUGGCCUGCAAAUGGCGUGUGGUCCCGGGUGGCACAGCAGGGCACCGGGAAGUAACUGGUGGGAGGUAAAGAGCAAAUGCCGAAUUUCAGAGAGCUGUUGUCAAAGUAGCUGGAGAAAUACCUUAGGGUAAAAAAAAAAAAAGUCUGUAAUCUGAUCAGAGAGAAAACAGUUAGAGGUAUGCCAUGGGUGUACCUACUGCUUUAGGUAGAAGGCCCGUUGUCUGUUAAAGUUAUUUUUCCUUUCCAGAAUUCCUGCCUGAUUCUGACACAUGAUGACCAUCUGUAUUUGAAUGCAAAAUUUUCAUUCUUAGGUGUUUGUAAACCUUAAUACAGAACUGCAGCUGGUAUCCGAAAAGAUCAAAGACAGUGUUAAUAACUGCUAUGUGGUGUUGAUGAUAUUUUUAAUAUUUCAACCAUGUCAGCAUACAUUUGGUCAUUACUUUUCUGAAGUUAAGUCGUCUUUUCUUGAGUAAUCGAUAUAAGAUGUUUGCAUGAUGGAAAGUAAUUCAAGUUCACUUUUUAAAAAGAUGUGUUUCAUACUGUUGGUCAUGUUUGUUUAACAGAUUAACAUUUUCACUGAUGGGUGGCAGUUUUUUUUCUUUUUAGUGCUUUUGAUAGAAAAACAUAUAGGACAUUUUCCAACAGAAACACAUUUUGUAAUCUUUGCCUUCAGUUGUGGAAGUAGUACCUUUCAAAAAUGAUUGUUUUGGCCAUCUGGGUAACAAUAUGCAAGUAUGUAUAUCACAUACAAGAUAUGAUAUUUUUUAAAAAAAUCCCAUUUUGGUGAAAGUAGUCAAGAAAUUAAUCCAUCGAGGACAAAACCCUUUCUGAAUGAAAGUUUUGGGUGUGUUGAUAUAAUUGAAGCACUUGACACCCCCACCAAAUGAUUUUGGAGCCAAAUCAUACAAAUUUUUUAUUUUCAAAAUCACAGAAGGCCAACCAAAGUUUUUUUACUUCAGAAAACACUGAGGAAUUUGGUCACCUUAGAUCCUGUCCUUUGAGGUUUCACUCUGGCCUGGGACCUUGGGGCACUGCACCUCAGACAGAAUUAUUUUAUGAUGCUCAUUCAGACUCAGCUCUAGGAGCAAGUUUCUGCAAAUCACCUGUGUGCUUCAAAAUUAAUCCCUCCUUGUUUUUUUUUCACUUCAAAUGGUGAGAGAAAGCAGGGGGAUGUAAUUUUAUAUGGCUGUAUUUGAAAAGGGUUUCGUGUACCUUUAUAAUUCUUUUGAAGCAAUAUUUUAAAAAAUAACUGCCAGCCAAAGUGGCCAUGCAGAAAAGUGCCAUCUUGUUAGGAUUUGUACACACCAGUUUUUAACACAGUGUUCUUUUCACUAAGUACUACAUACGUUAAUUUAUAUUUAUAUAUUGUCGAUAUUGUUGUAACCAAGCUUCUCCUUUCUAAACACUUCAGGAACAAGGCCUUGUAUUUUUAGGUGAUUUUCAUAAACAGAAUAAUUCUUUUCCUUUCACUAGUAUCUUGCACUCAAUACAUGUAGCAAUACUUAAUAUAUUCUCUUCACAAGUAUUUGUUAAGUGAUUUAGUUAAUGGCUGAUAAAUGUUUUGUACAAAAUAGAUUCUGUACAGGAAAAAAAAAUCUUUUAGAUAAACAUUAUUUAUUUUUACUGUUUUGUAAGUUAGACACUAUAAUGAAGCUCCUUUUUGCCAGAAUUACUGGAAGUGCCUCUUGGUAAAAUGUAUUAUACAGUAAAUAUGUAUUCAAAAUUAUUAGAAAUACUUGUCACAAAUUGAACAAUGUGGAUGUUGCAAUGUGAAGACAAACGUACAACAUAAAUAUAAUUCUGUGGUAUCCUG